GCGUGCGUGCGCGCGCGUAUGUGCGCGUGCGCGGGUAGCGCUGGAGUUUGCCAUGGCGCGCGCUGCUCCGCCGCUCAGCUCGGCGCGAUCAGGCUGAAGGAGCCCAGCGAGAGAGACGGAGAGAGCGCGAGGAGAAGGAGAGAGAGAGAGAGAGAGACAGCGAGAGAGAGAGGAAGAGAGAGGGAAGAGGAGAAGGGAAGGGAGGCCGAUGUGUUCGCCCCGCUGGAGGAGCACGCACACCCUGGAGCUGCUGGAGAUGCCUCGGUGCGCCACGGAGAGGCGAAGAGCCUCGUGCACGCAGGUAAAUGGAGCCCGAUUCCCCGCGCGAGCGAGGCUGUGUCAUUCAGAGACCAGUGGGCUGUGACCAGAGAGGAGGGCGCCGCUGAUAAACCAGACGUUUUUUUUUUGGUCCACGCGCGCACUUAAACUAGCCCUCCGUGGCCUCGGAGUGAAAAUGUGAUGAGCUUUCGCUAUCAGUCCCAGCCAAAGCAUGGAUGGAGGCAAACGAGGGAGGCACGCGAGUUAAUGAGACCAUUGCUCUUGUGUUGGGGGGGUGGCUUAGGAGAGGCAAUUACAGGAGGAUUACCCGCACACUUCUCCAGCACGACGCACGCUCUGCCGUGGCAAGCUUCAAGAGCCGCUAAAAACUUUGCCCUGGUGGAAUUUAUUCAUUUUUUGCUUUGAUUACCUGCAGCUCUUCUCCUCGGUUACUGUUGUUUUGUCUUUUUUCCCCCCCUUGCAAAAAUGGAGUUACAGGUGCGAAUACGGAAUAAAGAUGUGACGGCGUUUAUUAGGCCGUGGAUACCGAUACUUUUAGGCCUUCACAUGCAGUUUUCCUGGGCCACGACGUGCCCAGAGGAAUGCCGCUGUGACCGGACCUUUGUGUAUUGCAACGAAAGGAGUCUAACUUCAGUGCCUCUGGGGGUAGGUGAGGGCUAUAAGACCCUUUACCUCCACAACAACCAAAUCAACAAUGCUGGAUUUCCGUUGGAGCUGCACAACGUUGCCUCGGUGGAGACGGUGUAUCUCUAUGGCAACCAGCUAGACGAGUUUCCCAUCAACUUGCCCAAAAACACGCGGGUGCUCCAUCUGCAGGAGAACAACAUCCAGACUGUUUCUCGGGCUGCCCUGGGCCAGCUUCUGCGGCUCGAGGAGCUUUAUCUAGAUGACAACUCCAUCUCCACCGUGGGGGUGGAGGAAGGGGCUUUCAGAGAGGCUAUCAGCCUCAAAAUCCUCUUCCUCACCAAAAACCAUCUCAGCAGCGUUCCCAUAGGGCUCCCCGAGGAGCUCAAGGAGCUUCGCCUGGAUGAGAACAGGAUAGCCCUGAUAACAGAAGAUGCGUUUGAGAACGUGACUGGACUGGAACGCCUCCUGCUGGAUGGCAACCUUCUCACAGACGAGGGCCUGGCGCAAAGAGCCUUCCAGGGUUUGUCCAAUCUCAAAACACUGUCGAUAGCGCGCAACUCCUUGAUGCUCCCUCCUCCUAACCUGCCCACCAAGAGUUUAGUCAAGCUCAACUUGCAGGAUAACCUGAUGAAUGAGAUCCCUUUGACGGCCUUCCAUGGCCUCCACCGCCUGGAGAGACUAGACAUUUCCAACAACCAGCUGCAGUCCCUCACACAGGGGGUCUUUGACGGCCUCCUCAGCCUGAGACAGCUCACUGUUCGGAACAACCUCUGGCUCUGUGACUGCAACAUUAAAUGGGUCAUAUUGUGGCUCAAGUCCCUGCCGGCCACCCUCAACGUCCGCGGCUUCAUGUGCCAGCGGCCCGAGAGUGUGCGUGGUAUGGUAAUCAGAGAGCUGAACCUGGAGCUGAUCCAGUGUCCCAGCAGCACAGCCACAGUGCCACGAUUCACACGGCAGCCCACACUGGCUUUUUCCCCCACCGCUGAGUCAUCAGCCACUGAAACAGCCUUCUUCUCGCCUCUUGUUCCUACUCCUAGCUCCUCGCCCUUUACGCCCACCCUGCCGACCACGAGCGCAGACGGCAGGCGAAGGACGGAUGCCCCGGAGAGUCCCGAGCAGGAAUCUCUGCGAGUUUCUUUCAUCGUAUUGAACAGCUCUAGUGUUCAAGUAAACUGGAUAUCCACCUUCACCGUCACGGCCUAUAAGGUUACUUGGGUCAAGCUGGGUCACAGUUUGGUCAACGACCCUUUGCAGGAGACUAUGGUUGACGGGGUGCAACAGGGAAUCAGGCUGACCAGCUUGGAGGCCAAAUCCAUUUACCGGAUUUGUGUGGACCCACUGGAUGCUUUCAAUAAUUACCACCCGGGAGAUGAUACCAUUUGCUCAGAGGUGAUGACAAAGUCUGCUUCAUUUGACUCGAAUGAGAACACGGCGGGUCCUGAACAGGCCAGCCAGCAGGAUCUCAGUUCCUCCAUCCUGCUGGCGGGCCUAAUCGGAGGGGCGGUUCUCAUCGUUCUGGUGGUGCUGCUGAGCAUAUUCUGCUGGCACAUGCACAAGAAGGGAAGCUCGGAUUCGUCCAAAUGGAAAUACAACCGUGGGAGGAGAAAAGACGACUACUGCGAGGCGGGGACCAAAAAGGACAACUCCAUCCUCGAAAUGACUGAGACUAGCUUUCAGAUAGUUUCUUUGAACAACGAACAUCUCCUCAAAGGAGACUUCCGGAUCCAACCCAUUUACACUCCCAACGGAAGCGUUGGCUACAGAGACUGCCACAUGGCCAACAACAGCACAGCUUAUUACAAGAAUAGCGUUCCAGAGUCUAACCCUUGCCAUACAUGAUGGUUUUUCGAAAAAAAAAAAAAGGUAUCAUCCUUUGUAUUCAAAAUUCAACUUAAAUACACUGUAUAGUAUAUAUUUCAAAGAGGAACUGUAAAUGAUGUAAUUUAUACUCUUAUCAGUGAUAUCGCCUUCUUUUAUAUCCCCCCAGUAAAGCGCAAAAAUGAUUUAUGAUUUACUAGUUUCUCCUGUUGUAUUACUACUGCAGAGACAGCCUUAUAGAAACAGAGCUCGUAGAAAACGUGUCAUGAUCUCAUCGACCUGGAGUGCGUAUGCAGAUACUUGUUUACAUUGUUGUGCACAAAAAUCACAGAAAGUGCCCAGAAAUGCUUGGAUAUUUAUGUGUAGAAGAAAGGCAGAUGAUGGAGAGUAGGAGUCUGGUGUGCUUGUGAGAGAGAGUGAGUGAGCGAGAAAGAGUGAGAAGCUACAUUAUUUAUGCUCGACUUCUUUGUUCCUUAGUUACGCCACAAGAUGGCACCUUUUUUCAUUUCUGACAUUAAUUGGCACCUUCAAGCUUGUGCGUUAAUCUGACUUACAGCAUUCACCUGUGCGGUUUAAGCAGCCCUACUGCACAUACAGAGAAAUGCUUGUACUUGGCUUAAUUAGAAGUACUGACAAACAUUUUAGUGUGGAAACGGGUUGCUUAGUAUGUGAACAUUAAAAUGGAACACAUUCUGCACUAAAAACUGCAACAGCAAAAAAACAAGUAUAAAUUGGCACAGGUCUAUUUUUUCGGUUGUUUUUUUUUUUUUUUUGCUUUGUUUUGCAUUUUAGCCCCACAACAGGCACAGAUGCAGCUCUUGUGAUGUGAGACUGAUGGAUAAGUGUCCAUUAUCAUUGUGCUUCUGGAUGCCCGUCUAUCCUCUUGUGUACAUUUUGUGUACUUAUGCUACAAAAUUGGCCAGGUAACAGUGUUGGGAAGCUUUAGGCUGUAAUGUAUCAGAUCAGGUAGAUUCAUUGCCCCAUUACGUCGUCCUCUGGUUUAAAGGCUUCCAUAUUCUAAUUUUACUGGUCUUGUUUCAGCUGUUGCGUUGCUAAACUUUGUGAAAAGUAUCCAAAGUGAACCAAUAUUGUUUCUUUGCAUAUUUUCCAUGAUUUAUUUCCAAUAAUAAUCAAUAAACAUUGCCACGCUGAUGACUACA